AUGAUAAUCCGAACAACAACAACAACAACAGUGAUAAUGGUGAUAAAAUGAAACAAAAUCGUCAACGAUCAAGACAACGACGACGACAACCAUUACAUUAUGUAAUCGAUCCGGGUAGUCAAACCUACUAUCAAUGGCUAUUCAUUAUGUGCAUUUCAGUUAUUUAUAAUGUAAUUACAAUUAUUGGACGUUCAGUAUUUUGGCAAAUGCAAAAUAAUUUUCUUACAAUAUGGAUUAUUAUUGAUUAUUUAAUCGAUUUAGUUUAUUUAAUCGAUAUGUUUUUAAGUUCACGUACUGGUUAUUUAGAACAAGGUUUAUUAGUACGUGAUUUAAAUAAAUUAUUUGUAAAUUAUAUUAAAAGUUUUCGUUUUAAAUUGGAUAUAAUAUCAUUAUUACCAACGGAUUUAAUAUUUAUAAUGACUGGUACAUAUUGUGAACCGGAAAGAUUUUAUCCAUGUGCAGUUAUUGUACGUAUAAAUCGUUUAUUUCGUUUUUAUCGUCUCACUGAAUGUUUUGAACGUACUGAAACACGAACAAAUUUUCCACAUGCAUUUCGUAUUGGAAAAUUAAUAUUCUAUAUUUUAAUAUUAAUACAUUGGAAUGCAUGUAUUUAUUUUGCAAUAUCAUAUGUUAUUGGUUUUGAUACGGAUCGUUGGGUUUAUAAUCGUCGUUUAAUUGCAGCUGAUGGUACAAAUGAAACCGAUACAUUAAGACAUCAAUAUAUUUAUUGUUUUUAUUGGUCAACAUUAACAUUAACAACAAUCGGUGAAGUACCUAUACCUGAAACAGAUUUUGAAUAUACGUUUGUUGUUAUAAAUUUUUUAAUCGGUGUUUUAAUAUUUGCAACAAUCGUUGGUAAUGUUGGUUCAAUGAUAACAAAUAUGAAUGCAGCACGUGCUGAAUUUCAAUCACAAAUGGAUUCAGUUAAACAAUAUAUGAAAUUUCGUCAUGUAUCAAAAGAUUUAGAAAAUCGUGUUAUUAAAUGGUUUGAUUAUUUAUGGACAAAUAAACAAUCAUUAGAUGAAGAUUCAGUAACAGCAAUAUUACCAGAUAAAUUAAAAGCUGAAAUUGCUAUUAAUGUACAUUUACAAACAUUAAGACGUGUACAAUUAUUUCAAGAUUGUGAACCAGGACUUUUGGUUGAAUUAAUAUUAAAAUUACGAUUACAGGUAUUUUCACCGGGUGAUUAUAUUUGUCGUAAAGGUGAUGUUGGCAAGGAAAUGUAUAUUGUUAAAAAAGGUAAAUUAUCUGUGGUUGGUGAUGAUGGUCGUACUAUAUUCGCUACAUUAACUGAUGGUUCAGUAUUUGGUGAAUUAUCAAUAUUAAAUAUAAAAGGAAAUAAAACUGGUAAUCGUCGUACAGCUAAUGUACGUUCAGUUGGUGAUUUGGCAACCAAAAAAAUCUAUCCAACACUUUGGGCACUAUAUCGUGAUGAUUUAAUACCAUUAAAAACAGCCAUAGUUGGUUAUGCACGUUCAUCAAUGACCGUACAAAAAUUAUAUGAACAUAUUGGUCGUCAUAUAAAAUUAAGAGAUGAAGAAGAACGUGAAUUAUUUCAACAAUUUUUAUUACAUAAUUUUUAUGUACAAGGAAAAUAUGAUGAUGAUAAUGGAUUUUUAAAAUUAAUGAAACGUGUUUGUGAAUUAGAAGAUAAUGAUAAUGGUUUACAUGCUAAUCGUUUAUUCUAUUUAGCAUUACCACCAAAUAUUUUUCAAUCAACAACUAAAUUAAUUAAACAACAUUGUUGGAAUACCAAAGGAUGGAAACGUAUUAUAAUUGAAAAACCAUUCGGUUAUGAUUAUGAUUCAUCACAACAAUUAUCACGUCAUUUACAAUCAUUAUAUGAUGAAGAUGAAAUAUAUCGUAUUGAUCAUUAUUUAGGUAAAGAAAUGGUACAAAAUUUAAUGGUAUUACGUUUUGGUAAUCGUAUAUUUAGUCCAAUAUGGAAUCAUGAACAUAUAUCAAGUAUACAGAUUACAUUUAAAGAACCAUUUGGUACAAUGGGACGUGGUGGUUAUUUUGAUCGUUUUGGUAUUAUUCGUGAUGUAAUGCAAAAUCAUUUAUUACAGAUAUUAUGUUUAGUUGCAAUGGAAAAACCAGUAUCAACAAAUCCAGAAGAUAUACGUGAUGAAAAAGUUAAAGUUUUACGUGCAAUGCGUACAUUAACUGUUGAUGAUAUUGUAUUAGGACAAUAUAUUGGUAAUCCAAAAUUAGAUGGUGAAGGACGUUUAUCAUAUCGUGAUGAUCCAACAGUACCAAAUGAUUCAUUAACAGCAACAUUUGCAUUAGCAAAAUGUCAAAUUAAUAAUGAACGUUGGGAUGGUGUACCAUUUUUUUUACGUUGUGGUAAAGCAUUGAAUGAAAGAAAAGCUGAAAUACGUAUACAAUUUCGUGAUGUACCGGGUAAUAUAUUUCAUGGUGAAUGUACACGUAAUGAAUUAGUUAUACGUAUACAACCAAAUGAAGCUGUUUAUAUUAAAUUUAUGACCAAAGAACCUGGAAUGACAUUUCGUUUAUCUGAAACUGAAUUAGAUUUAACUUAUCAAAAUCGUUAUAAAGAUUCACGUUUACCUGAUGCAUAUGAACGAUUAUUAAUGGAUGUAUUUGCCGGUUCACAAAUGCAUUUUGUUCGUUCGGAUGAAUUAUCUGAAGCAUGGCGUAUAUUUACACCAUUAUUACAUGAAAUUGAUGAGAAAAAAAUCGUACCGGCACCAUAUUAUUAUGGUUCACGUGGUUGUAAACAAGCGGAUGAUUUUUGUGUUGCAAAUGGUUAUCGUUUUUAUGGUACUUAUAUUUGGCCACAAGCAUCAAAAACGGUAAAAAAUCAAUCGGAUGAUAUUGAUUCGAAUCCAAAAUAUUAAUAAUAACCUCUUCAUUUAUUUUAAUUACCGAAAAAAAAAUUCAAACGUUUAAUUAAUUAAUUUUAAUUCUCUU